AUGUCCCCUGUUUCGUCUUCAAGUUCGGCCAAUUUGCUUUCGACCACAGUGUCUGUAGCACCGUUAGUGCUUUUAUCUGUGGUGGACCAUUAUGAAAGAGUAAUGAAAUCCACGGCAUCUUCAAUAUCGGGGUCAACAAAAAGAGUUGUGGGUGUUAUUCUCGGCGAUAAUACACAAAAGCAUUCUUUAAAAGUCACAAAUUCAUUUGCCAUACCAUUCGAGGAGGAUGAGAAGAACCCAGAUAUUUGGUUUUUGGAUCACAAUUUCAUUGAAAACAUGCUUGAGAUGUUCAAAAAGAUCAAUGCCAAAGAGAAGUUGAUAGGAUGGUAUCAUUCUGGUCCCAAACUCAAAAGCAGCGAUCUCAAAAUAAACGAGAUUUUUAAGAAAUUCACACCUUCUCCUCUCUUGCUGAUUGUAGACGUUAAUUCGACUGACAAGAUUGACAUUCCUACUGACUGCUACACUUCAAUUGAAGAGAUCAAGGAGGACGGAUCAUCAAGUGAAAAAACCUUUAUACAUUUGCCUUCAACUAUUCUAGCUGAGGAAGCAGAGGAGAUAGGUGUUGAGCAUCUAUUGAGAGAUAUCAGAGAUCAGGCUUGUGGGAAUUUAUCAAUCAGGCUCACAAAUAAUUUCAAGUCACUCUCUUCACUCAAGGAAAGGCUCCUCACCAUUGUUGGUUAUCUGAGCAAAAUAAGAACGGGAGAGUUACCUGUCAAUCAUGUUAUUUUGGGUAAAUUGCAAGACAUAUUCAAUCUUCUGCCAAACAUCAGCGCAUUUUCCGCAGACCUGUUGGAUCAGGAAUCUGGUGAGUCGGAGAACAAGCAUCUCACUACUGCUUUCAACGUGAAAACGAAUGACGAGCUUAUGAUUUUGUAUGUAAGCAGCCUAGUCAGAUCAAUCAUAGCGUUUAAUGAUCUGAUCGAGAACAAGAUUCAAAAUAAGAAAUCAAAUGAAGCGAAUUUAAAAGAUUCCAGUUUACCUGAGGUUAAUGAUGUUGAUGACAAUGUGAUGGAAGGGGUUCAGAUAGACAAAUCUUGA